AUUCCAUUUGUUGCCAUGGUUACUGGUGAUGUCACCAUUGCAUCUUCUCUUUUUGCCCAGAUGACUCAGAACAUGUUUCAGGAGGGGUUGUAUCAGGUGUUUUUUAAGGAACGCCCUUUGCCCCGCCCAGUUCAACCUGCGGCCUCGACCCCUCCAGAGCUAAAGGAAGCCAGAUUGGUCCGCUGGUUCGGAACAGUCAUCAACACUCGCCUUCUUCUAUCUGGGGUUGUUCAGAUAUUCAGUGCUGUCUCCUGUAUUCUCUGCACCAUUUCUUACACUUGUUUGAGUUUCGGCUGUUCUGUGUCUAUGUCGACUCCAGUAUGGUGUGGCUUGUUGUAUGUCGUCACGGGGUCACUGACAAUAGAGGUCCAAAGGAAACCAAAUAAAAUCAAAGUCAUCACUCUGAUGGGUCUGAUCAUCGUCAGCUUGCUGUUUGCAGUCUGUUCUUUCAUCACCUUCGUACUGAAGUCCAAAGCACUAGGGAAAAUCAACACUCAGCAGCGCAUUGGUGUGUAUGUGGUCAAGGGCAGCUGUAUACUGUUCAUCCUCCAGUGUAUGUUCACAGCCAUGUACAUACUUUUUCUUACUUGGAGAGGUCUGAGGAGCUACAGCGCCCUCAGACAAGACUACAGCAGAGUAAUGCAGGAGUCAGACGAUCAUACAAAUCCACUACUGGACAAUGAACAUUUCAGCCUUUGA